GAAAUGCCAAAAAAAGUGAUCACUAGGCGUCAACGCAAAGCUGCAGAGAUCAAGCUAAAGGCCAAGGAAGAAGCUAAUCAGAAUAAUGAACCCAGGAUCAAAGGAGAAACGCCGAUUUCCUCAAUCACAAGUUCGACUCCUUCACCUAACUUAAAAGUAGCAAACCCAAAGAAAAAUGAUAAAAGUAUCCUCCUGACGACUUCAGAUGGAAAGGACGAGAAGCCAAAAACUCCGUCUUCAGAACAACCAUGCGGCGAAUCUAAAAAGAGCAUUCAGCUGUGUGACGCUCUGCAAAAAAUUCGAUUAACUAGUCACAAGAAAGCUUUCUUGUCGGAGGAAAAAAAAAAGGCUUUGAACCCGGAACAAUUCCGAAAUACCACAUCUGAUAAGGAUAAUACAUUUGCUACACUGCGUCCAAGAAUAAACAAUGAAUCGACCAAUAAAAUUUCAAUCUCCGGCGUGCCAUUGAUGUCCAAAAUUUGCGUACAAAUUAAGACGCAUUUGCACUCUGUUUUGCCGACACGAAACCUUCUCGGUUCAAAAUCUCGAAUUCCGCCGGAAAAAGGAGCAGAGCACAGUAUAGAUUUGCCGAUGAUACAAAACGUUCUUCAUAGCUCGGAGGAUAAAACUCAUGGAGGUCUCGACCGCAAAGUACUAUGCUUCAAUCCUGCUGAGCUUGUCAGGGAUCCUGGACCGCCUAUGAAGGUUUUGGGAAACACAGGCUUCUUCGUCCUUACUGGCACCAAUGCUCAGUUGGCUUUUCAGCUCGGCGAACUUGCAAACAGAGGCGUUGAUGUACAAUCAUAUACACGUCUGCCGACCGAAACUAUGGAUAAGGUGGAGCAACAGCUCUGUAAACUGGGCACAGACCGCGAAAAAAUCUUCAAAAAAAUGCAUAACAAGCAUGCAACACUUGCACAAGGACUACAUCCGCGGGUGAAAAAGCAGAGUAAUACUAAAAAAUUAAACUAAAACAUAUUAUUUAAAACUAAAUCCUUAAUAAAGGGAAGAUUGAAUAAUAUAGGGUUGGGAAAG